AUGGAGAAACCUCUUGAGAAGGCCCUGACUACUAUGGUCAUCACUUUCCACAAAUACUCGGGGAGAGAGGGAAGCAAACUAACCCUGAGUAGGAGGGAACUAAAGGAGCUGAUCAAGGAGGAGCUGAGUCUUGGGGAGAAACUAAAGGAGAGCAGCAUUGACAACCUGAUGAAGAGCCUGGACAAGAACAGCGACCAGGAGAUCGACUUCAAGGAGUACUCGGUGUUCCUGACCACGCUGUGCAUGGCCUACAACGACUUCUUCCUGGAGGACAACAAAUGA